AUGCCUGCGCCGCUCCUCAUAUACGUCACCUGCUUCACCUUUCUCUGGAUAUGUGCAAAAGCGGAUGAUCCAUUGCCGGUGUUCGGGGGCGCGCGGCCGGCUAACGGUACCGCGGAGCCCCCCGACCUGCGAUCCCCCAUGGGCCGAGUCCCGCAAUAUCAACCACCUGGCUUGGGACCUGGGGGCUUGGCCCCACCGCAGAGCUUUUGGCCUCACAAUCCGCAUACUCGCGUCGAGUCUUGGCACCACCGUCCCAUAUUCACCCGUAUACACACUGUAUCUCACGACACCGGUGACAUGGAAGGCCACCACCAUGGGGACGUCGACGCAGACUGCCACCAGCCUUGUGCUAAACAACAAUUCUCUUGCCAGAAAUCGUGCACCUGUAUACCGAUAGAAAAGCGCUGCGACAGCAAAGUGGAGUGUGCCGACGCAGAAGAUGAAAAGAAUUGCACUCCAGCUUGUGAUGAGAAUCAAAACCGAACUCUCUGUCAUAGCACCAGCGUCUGUAUUAAAGUGGAGUGGCUCUGUGAUGGAGACAAUGACUGCGGCGACUAUUCCGAUGAAACCCAUUGCGGUGGAACAACAAACUGUACAUCGCAGCAGUUUCAAUGUGCUAACGGACUGUGCAUUCACAAGGACUGGGUGUGUGACGGUGACAACGACUGCCGAGACAAUUCUGAUGAGAACAACUGCAUCAAGGGCAAGUGUCGAGAGCAUCAGUUCAUGUGUGCGAUUGGGGAAUGCAUAUCGAAACAUUGGCGUUGUGACAAGGAAGCCGACUGUCCUGAUAGCUCUGACGAAGCUGAUUGUCCUGUGGAUCUUUUGCGGUGUGGUGAGAAUGAGUUCCAAUGUGACAACAAGAGAUGCAUCCGUAAAGACUUCCAGUGCGAUGGUGAUAAUGACUGUGGAGACUGGACUGACGAAGACACAUGUCCUAUGCUACCUGGAAGCUGUAACGCUGGGGAAUUCAGAUGCAGUGAUGGCAAAUGCAUACCAGAUCGUUGGCGGUGUGAUACUGAAAGAGAUUGUGCUGACAGUGGCGAUGAGCUCAACUGUGAACCAAACUCUAUGCGCAAUUGUACUGAUGAUGAGUUCACGUGUGCUGAUCGACGAUGCAUUUUGAAAACUUGGCUCUGCGACGCUGUCCGAGACUGCACAAACGGUGAAGACGAAAUGAACUGUGAAGUGCAUUGUGAAGAAGAUCAAUACACUUGCAAAACUCAAGAUCAUCUCAUUAGCAGUGCAUUCAGGAGUUGUGUAAACAGGAAACACGUUUGUGAUGGCAUGAAGGACUGUCCAGAAGGGGAUGAUGAAGAGAAAUGUCCAGUGAAGAGAGCAUGCACUUUUGAAGAUAGAUGUGACCCUGACAUGUGUAUAACCACUUACGAUGGACAAUCAGCUUGUACCUGUCCUUUAGGUUUCCUGUUAGACUACGACAAUCACACCUGCCGCGACAUAGAUGAAUGCAUGUACGAACAGGAUCCAGUUUGUUCCCAAACAUGCUCCAAUACUGUUGGCAGCUUCAAAUGUGGCUGUAUGACUGGAUAUGUGUUGAGGCCUGAUGGACGAUCUUGUAAGCCUACAGGAGAAUCACCCACUUUGCUGUUUUCUAAUCGCGUUGGUAUACGACAGGUUUGGUUAACGGGCGAUAAUUACAUGCCAGUGGUGAAAGGUCUUCAUAAUGCGGUUGCUUUAGACUACCACUACGAGAAACAACUUGUCUUUUGGACUGAGAACAACCUCAGAGUCAUCAGGGUAGCUCAAAUGAAUAACAACAACUUGACAGAUGUUAUAAGGUGGGGAUUAGAAACACCUAGUGGAGUGGCUGUAGAUUGGAUACAUGAUCUGCUAUUUUGGACGGAUUCUGGUACGCGACGAGUGGAAGUUACGACGCUUGAAGGAAAUCAAAGAGCAGUCAUAGCUGCCAACGAUUUGGACAAACCAAGGGCUAUAGCAGUGCACCCCGGAGACGCUUUGGUGUUCUGGACUGAUUGGGGUCCCAACCCAAAGAUAGAGCGUGCUGAUAUGGACGGCAGUAGGCGAAAGAGCAUCAUCGUGGAUAAAAUAUUUUGGCCAAACGGACUGACCAUUGACUAUACGGAAUCGAAGAUAUAUUGGGCAGAUGCCAAACACCAUGUUAUUGAGAAGGCUUCGUUUGAUGGACGAGAUCGGAAGAAGGUAACCAAUAAAGGCCUUCCUCAUCCAUUUGCUCUGACGCUGUUUGAAGAUGCUAUCUACUGGACCGACUGGCACACCAAGAGUAUUUCUACCGUCAACAAGAACACUGGCAUGGGAAUACAGACUGUUCAUGCAGGACUUAACGUUCCAAUGGAUAUUCAUAGUUACCACCCACUGAGGCAGAUAAAGACCUAUAAGAAUCGUUGCGGCACCAACAAUGGAGGUUGCUCCCAUUUCUGUCUUCCAAAUAGCAAUGAUCACUCUUGUCGGUGCCCUGUUGGAUUUAACUUGAACUCCGAUGGUCGUACUUGUGAACAAACACCAGAGAAACUGCUCUUAUACGCUCGUAAGAAAGACAUCAGAUUGAAACAACUGAAUCCCAGGAAAUCAACAGAUUCUUUGGACAUGGUAAUUCCAGUAGAAACCAUAAAGUCAGCUGUUGCAUUGGACUGGGAUCACAACACCAACUCGAUAUUCUGGACGGACGUUGACAAGGAUACCAUCAACCAUGCCUACUUGAAUGGAUCACAGCAACGCGUUAUCGUGGGAUCUAAUUUGAUUUGGCCAGCCGGUUUAGCCUACGAUUGGUUAACUGAUAAGCUGUACUGGACUGACGCUGGUACGAACAGGAUUGAGGUAGCCAAUGUUGAUGGUAGCAUGCGAACCUUGCUAGCGUGGGAUAAUAUUGACAAGCCGAGGGAUAUCGUUGUGGAUCCAAAAGGUGGCGUAAUGUACUGGUCAGAUUGGGGUACUAAUCCGUGCAUUGAACGUGCUGACAUGGACGGUGGAAAUCGACGGCGACUAAUUUUUGGUAACAUGACCUGGCCUAACGGACUCGCACUGGAUCUCAAGAACAGCCGCAUUUACUGGACCGAUGGAGGAAAUCAGACUAUCGAGUAUGCCAACUUGGAUGGUACAGGAAGAACAGUAUUGAUUGGCCAACAACAACUGCCACACCCAUUCGGUCUGGAUCUAUUCGGAGACGAGGUCUUUUGGACAGAUUGGGAUACACAAUCAAUUCAAGCAGCCAACAAGUACACUGGAAAGAACCGUCGUACACUUGGCGCUGGUGUGGCUGGUCUGAUGGACGUCCGAGUUUUCCACAAAGAGCGAGUUUCUGGAGCGAAUAGAUGCGGUAAAAACAACGGUGGAUGCUCUCAUUUGUGCUUAUUGAAGCCCAUGGGAAGAUCAUGUGCAUGUCCUAUUGGAAUCAAAAUUGGCAAGGAUGGCAAGACGUGUGCAAAUGGUCCAGUGAACUACUUGAUAUUUGCGCAUCGUGUGGAUAUCCGAGUAGUAUCGCUAGAUGUGCCAUAUCUAAUCGACGUCCCAUUACCGCUACCAGUGCUCAAGAAUGCCUUUGGAGUUGAUGUAGAUCACAAAACAAGUCUGAUCUACUGGACGGAUACUGGUGAAAGGAAGAUACAACGAGCUAACAGAUCUGGCAAAGACAUUGAGACUAUCAUAGGUAAAGGUUUACAUACGGUUGAUGGAAUCGUAAUUGACUCUACUGGUCGUAAGAUCUAUUGGACAGAUGGUGGCAGGAAUAGUGUUGAAGUCGCUGAACUUGAUGGUUCCAACCGCAAAGUUCUUGUGUGGACUGGUUUAGAUUCUCCUCGCGCUAUUGCUUUGCACUAUGAGUACGGAUACAUGUUCUGGUCGGAUUGGGGCACAUCUGCCAAGAUCGAAAGAGCUGAUAUGGACGGCACGAACAGGCGAGUCAUCGUGGAGAACAACAUCAAAUGGCCGAAUGGUCUGGCUAUCGAUAAAAUCGAGGGUCGUCUCUACUGGAAUGAUGCUAAAGUUCUCUCUAUCGAAAGUUCUGAUUUCAACGGUAACGAUCGUCGCAUCAUUCUCAGUAAUGUUCCAUAUCCUUAUGGCAUUGUUAUUGUGGGACAACACGUGUACUGGACUGAUUGGAGGACACAAGCCUUGCAUAGAGCGGACAAGAACAGCGGAAAGAAUUCUAUCAUUAUCAGAAAGAACUUGGAGGGACUGAUGGAUAUUCGUGCUGUUCAGGGUGAACGAGAAUUAGAAAAUGUUUGUGGUAACAACAACGGUGGUUGCUCUCAUCUAUGCCUACGAUCACCAUCAGGCUACACAUGUGCAUGCCCAACUGGUUUACUCUUCAACUCCACCGAACCGAAUCCGAAGACUUGCAGAAGAUACCCCGAAAGUUUCCUGUUCUUUGCUACGAAGACCAGUAUUGCUCUUAUCUCGUUCGAUACUCCUGAACAAUGGGACGUCGCUUUACCAAUAAAGGUGCAAAACGCUGUAGCUGUGGACUUCCACUGGGACAAUAAACUGUUGUUCUACACUGAUGUCGAUAUGGAUGUUAUCAGAUCAAUAAAUAUGAUGAACAUGAGUGAUACGAAGGAUGUGAUCAAAGGCAACAUGGGUAUUCCAAACGGACUAGGCGUAGACUGGAUUGCGAACAAUAUCUACUGGACUGACAACGAAUAUAAAGUUAUAGAAGUUGCACGAUUGGAUGGCUCCUCGAGAAAAACUCUACUUAGCAAUUUGAGUGAACCUAGGGCACUGGCGUUGUUUCCAGCUAAAGGGUACCUUUACUGGAGCGAUUGGGGUCAAACUCCAUGUAUUGAGCGAGCCUUCCUAGACGGUAGCGAACGUAAAGUGAUCGUGAUUCAAGAUGUAGGUUUCCCUAACGGAAUAACUAUCGAUUACAAGGAGAGGAGGCUGUACUGGACUGAUGCUUUGAGACAUAGAAUCGAUACAUCUGACUUAAAUGGGCAACAUCGAGUGCAGCUCAUUCCAGAAGCUAAAAAUCCUUUCGGAAUGACUCAGUUCAACGACUACAUCUAUUGGACGGACUGGUACAAGAAAGCAGUAAUGAGAGCGGAUAAGAAAACUGGUAAGAACGUGACAGCUUUGAGAACCGACCUGGAGAUGACGAUGGAGAUAAAAGCAGUAUCGUCUGAGAAGCAACAUGGCUGGAACCCUUGCAAGGAAGAUAAUGGGGGCUGCUCUCAUCUUUGUUUCUUUAGAGAACACGACUAUAUCUGUGGCUGUCCUGAUGAAGUUGAUCCGAGGCCCUGCUCAACUGUGCCGAAAAUUCGCAUCGACAACAAAAUGCCGUCUCGCUACCCCUCGUUCUACGACUACACCGACAUUGAAGAGGAUAACGGCUUGCCUCCACCACCGACUGCAAUACCAGACUCCAGCACUGGAGCUAUCAUCAUACUGAUCGCUAUCAUGUGCUUCAUCAUACUCGGCAUUGUCGUUAUUGCAUUCGUUUGUGUUAAAAUGAGCAGAGUUCGCGACGGUGAUAUGAAGGAGAAUUAUCGCGAGUCUGGUGGUCACAUAUCGUUCCACAAUCCCAACUACAGCUGCAACACUGGCGCUAGCGGCGGCAGCGCCGAGCAGCUCGAACGUCGACCCAACCGGUUCCAAGGCAUAUUCAAAUAUGAUAAAAAUCAGGAACGUGUGACGAACGUGUACAUCCCGGAGGGCACGAGCUUGCUGCCGCCGCCGCCGCCCCCGCCCCGCCCCGCCGCGCGCCCCGCUACACACGACGACUUCGAACCAGUCACAUUGCACUCUUACGCAUAG